CUCAUAAAUCCUACUCCUCCCCUCAUCUCUCAAAUCCUCCAUACCUUCCUUCAUAAUGGUUGUUCUCUCUCAAUUAUUACAAGAAUCUUCAUCUUCUUCCACAACUCAUGGUCGUCAUUAUUAUGACGUCUUUUUGCGUUUUCGGGGUAUCGACACUCGUCUUAGUUUCACUGAUCACCUCCAUGAGGCGCUCCUCAAUGCUAACAUCACURCUUUUUUGGACGAUGAAGAGAUCGAAACUGGACUAUCUUUGAAACCGGAAUUGGAGACUGCAAUCAAAGCAUCUAGGGCUUCUAUUAUUGUGUUGUCUGAGAAUUAUGCUUCUUCAUCCUGGUGUCUCGAUGAAUUGGUAUUGAUCCUUGAUCAGAAGAGGACCUUCGGCCAUAUGGUUAUCCCCAUCUUCUAUCAUGUCGAGCCCACCGAUGUACGGAAGCAACAAGGCAGCUUUGGAAUUGCUAUGGCAAAACAUAAACAGAGGAUGGAAGCUGAGAAGAAUGAGGAGGAAAAAUGUCAAUUGGUUGAGAAAAUGAAUAAAUGGAAGAAAGCACUUGAAGAAGUUGCUAAUUUAAAAGGGAAGGAUGCAAAGGGAUGCAAUUUGGAAUCUUUUGACAUGUNAAUGAGCUUUGACUCUAUGCCAUCUAACAAUGAUAAGGAAUUGUUUAAGCAUAUUGCUUGUUUUUUUGUUGGAGAAGAUAGAAACUACAUUGAAACAAUAUUGAAGGCGUGUAGUAUUCGCACACUACAUGGGAUCACAAAUCUCAUUGAUAGAUGUCUUCUUACGAUCGGACCAAGUAAUGAGUUAAAGAUGCAUCCGUUGCUUCAAGAGAUGGGAAGAGAUGUAGUACGCCAAGAAUCACCAAACAAGCCAUGGAAGCGUAGUCGAUUAUGGUGUCAUGAGGAAUCAUUCAAUGUGUUGGAACAAAACAAGGGUUCUGGAAAACUUAAAGGCCUCGUUCUUGACAUGGAAAUGCUUGAGAAAGAGGACACGUGUGAAUCGUUUGAGUUGGAAACAGAUGCAUUGAGUAAGAUGUAUAAUCUAAUGCUACUACAACUCAAUUAUGUGAAAUUCAAUGGAUCUUAUAAGAAUUUCCCUAAAAAAUUAAGAUGGUUGUGCAUGCAUGGGUUCCCUUUAAAGUCUUUACCUUUAGACUUACCAAUGGAGAAUAUGGUUGUGCUCGACAUGUCUUACAGCAAUUUGGAAUCUUUUGACAUGUCUGAUGGUAACCCACAACAACCUAGGAAGAGGCAAAAGUUAAGUGGCUCAUGCUCAAAAGGCAAACAGUUGCUUCGAUCAUUGAAGAUUCUUAAUCUGAGUUUCUGUGACCAGCUUUGGAGUGUUGGUGGAUUUUCUGAAUUCCCYGCACUUGAGAGGUUAAUACUUUCAAAUUGCUCAAGUUUGAUUGAGGUUUGUGAGUCAAUUGAGCAWURUGAUGGACUUGACCUCAUUGAUCUGAGUUACUGCAAUAAGGCUGGGAAGCUUUUAAGAACGAUAAACAAGGUGAAGAACGUCAAAAUACUAAAAUUAGAUGGUUGUAAUAGCGGUGAAACUACGAUCGAGAUGAGGGAUGACGUGGAGGAAACGCUCAACUGUAACAACAUUGGAAUGAACUCACAAACSUCUUCAUCUGCCAUUGUGGAGGCUAUACCAAGAGCUUUCGAGUCCUAUAUGAUUUUUCUACCGAGUUCAUUAGUAUGUUUGUCACUAGCAAAUAAUAAUUUGUCCAACGAAUCCUUUCCGAUGGACAUGAGUAGCAUAUCCAUGUUGAAGGAGUUGUAUUUAGAUGGCAAUCUUUUUGUUUCACUGCCAAAUUGGGUGAGAAGCCUUUCCAGGCUUGAGAUACUUGGUAUUGGUGGGAAUGAUAGACUGAUGUCAUUGGAGCAUCCUCCACCUACACUAAAAAAAUUAAUAUUUGGUUUUAAUAGAGAUUCUGUAAAAUUGAAAGCUACAUUUGAUAGAGAAAUGUCCCCAAUCCUGUUAUACCAUAGUAUUAUCUACCCAUUUUCGGAGGGGAAUAUUGAAGGCAUGGUUAAAGAGGAAGAUAUGAGAGAUGUUGAGGAAAAGAUGGUUUAUGAAUUUGGGAUAUUCAGCACAUGGUAUGUGGGGAAAGAGAUGCCAAAUUGCGUAAGUGAUAGAAGGUGGGAGGGGUCAUCAAUCUCAUUUACCAUCCCAUCAUCUCCUUGCAAUCUUAGAGGCUUGAAUUUCCUCUGCGUGUUUAUACCUAAAGAGUUCAUAACAAGUGAGGGAGAGUUCUUUGCUUAUAUUUCAAGUAUAAGGAUUAGUAAUAUAACAAAGAUGUGCAGCUGGAUCUAUGAUGUUCAAAGGUUGUUUAAAGGAAGUAGAGAGGGUAUAACAUUUUCUAGCCAUUGGAUGUUUGGGAAGAAUGAGAUGGAAGAUGGUGAUCAAAUUACUAUUUUCCUAUUAGACGAUGAAGAUGAUAUUUUAAAGGAGUGUGGGGUGAGUUUUGUGUAUGAUGAAGAUGAAGAUGAAGAUGAAGAAGUGUUGGGUUAUUACAAGUCAUGGAAUCAUAUAAUUGGUGGGGAUCUCUCUCCUUUUCUAUAUACUACUCCCGGAGAAUAUUACCUACAACGAUUCCGCUUUAUGAGUGGAUUUCCAUGGCAUGAUAAUAGUUUCGACG